GGAUGGACACCGAAUGUGCGCGUAUCUGCAGCGUCGCCAGCCAAAGGAGCGCGCGGAUGCCCCCGUGGGUUGAUCGUGAGCGUCUCUGCGCAUCUGAACUCCUCCCGGUCAGUUAACGCGAACAUCAUGUGGCCGACACCAGCCUGACAGGCGCGAGGGGACCGUAUAUAAGCGCUGCGGCUGUCAGGUGGAGGACACUGACUGCUCUGCGCUUUGGGAGAUUACAGCUCUGCACUGAUCCUUAAACAUGUCUCACGAUUGGGGAUACGCACCGAGUAACGGACCCGCCAAAUGGGCUCGCAGCUUCCCCAUCGCAAACGGAGUCCGCCAGUCUCCCAUCAACAUCGUGCCAGCCGAAGCAUCUUACAACGCGGCGCUGAAGCCCCUCCGCCUGCAGUACGACCCUUCCACCUGCCUCGACAUCCUCAACAACGGGCAUUCCAUUCAAGUGACCUUCGCAGAUGACACCGACAGCUCAACUCUAAGAGAUGGGCCGGUCACUGGGACCUACAGGCUUAAGCAGUUUCAUUUUCACUGGGGGUCUGCAGAUCACAAGGGGUCCGAGCAUACGGUGGCUGGGACCAAAUUCCCUGCUGAGCUCCACCUGGUGCACUGGAACACCAAGUAUGCAAGCUUUAGUGAGGCUGCCAGUAAACCUGAUGGGCUCGCUGUGGUCGGCGUCUUCCUGAAGAUUGGUGGUAAAAAUGCAAAUCUGCAGAAGCUUCUGGAUUCAUUUGAUGCGAUCAAAACCAAAGGGAAGCAGACUUCUUUAGCUAACUUCGACCCUGCUACAUUGCUACCUGCAUGCCUUGACUACUGGACCUAUGACGGCUCUCUGACCACACCCCCUUUGCUAGAGAGCGUUACCUGGAUAGUCCUCAGAGAUCCAAUCAGUGUCAGCCCUGAGCAGAUGGCUAAGUUCCGCAGCCUCCUCUUCUCUGCUGAGGGCGAGGCCAAAUGCUGCAUGGUGGACAACUACCGCCCUCCCCAGCCUCUCAAGAGUCGCCGUGUCCAUGCUAACUUCCAGAAGUGACCCAUCCCCCUCGUUUGACCUUUCUGCCCGCUUGCCCUCUCCUUCCCUUCCCCCUUGUAUUCACCCCUCCUGCAGCAAAACAAAAAGCAAUUCUCUCUUCUCCAUUUUUUGUUGAGAUUAUGCCAACUGUUCAAAGCCACUGAAUACAGGGCAGUUUAAUGGUGCAGGGAUUUUAUCUUUUGUGUAAAAUAUAUUAACUGCGGCUGCGAAGUGGCGCGGCGGUUAGAGCAAGCUGUUGCCUUGCAGCAAGAAGGUCAUGGGUUCGCUUCCCGGCCUGGGCUCUUUCUGCAUGGAGUUUGCAUGUUCUCCCUGUGCAUGCGUGGGUUCUCUCCGGGUACUCCGGCUUCCUCCCACAGUCCAAAAACAUGACUGUUAGGUUGAUUGGUCCGUCUAAAUUGUCCUUAGGUGUGUGUGUGUGUGUGCAUGACUGUUUGUCCUGUGUGUCUCUGUGUUGCCCUGCGAUGGACUGGCUCUCUGUCCAGGGUGUACCCCACCUGACUGCCCAUUGACCGCUGGAGAUAGGCACCAGCCCCCUGCAACCCUACGUGGACAAAGCGGAUUCAGACAAUGGAUGGAUGGAUAUUAACCGCAUAAAACAUGUCAUAAUUUAUUUUAAGGCAAAUAUUUAAUCAUGGCAGUGACAUUUUCAUACAUCUUCAUCUGGUCUCAUGUUUUUACUUCACUGUGUCACCUGACAAGCAAUAAAAUAAGGAUGAAUGAGACCUAACAGGAAGUACAACCAGGAUCGUUGUAGAAUAACGGCUGAGGAUUAAACUAUAUUCCCAUCUGCGAGGGGUAGUAAGGUGCCAAUAGUGGACACACAGGACCGUCCUGCUGCCAGUCUUUCUGUAAUCUCUGACCGACUACCAGCCUCUGCACCGCAGCAGCUUAAUGAAAUGCCGCAGCCGCCUCCAUUGCAAGUGAUUGACUCGAAAUCCCGCUUCAACACACAUCCGCACAGCAUUGCACGUGCAGACGUGGCGCCCCCAGGCUCUGACCCGAUCAUUGAUCCAAACUGCACAACAAGGGCAUCAGGACAGCCAGCACCAUGACAGUGACUUACACCUCUUGUUUAUGCAGUUUAAUCUUUGUUAUUAUUAUAGAUUGCCUUUUAAAACAUGAGAGCUAAUCUGAAUUAUGUCUUCAGUGAUUCCUAAAUGAUCCAAAAGCUCCCAUUCCUUUCAGUUCCUGGUUGGAUAGAAGUAGGGAAUGAAAUUAGAUGAAAUAUGUAAAUUAUAUUAUGUUGGGUGCUGAAGCUUAAAAAAGCACAUUUCUAUGGGCUAAAGCACGGAGCCAAGGGAGAAAGGACCUUAGCCAUGCAAGAAAAUAAACCUGCCUGUAGAUUAUAAGUAUAGAUAUGACUAUAAACAGAUUACAGAUUAAGAAAAUGAAUGAAGAAUAUUAAGCAAUGCCUUUUGCAAAUGAAUAUUAGGUCUGUUUUAGGAGUUUGUUGUAGUUCUAUUUUGCAAGGUGGAUAUUUACUAGUGGAAUAAAUAUAUUUUAUGAUUAA